UCUCUCUCUCUCUCUCUCUCUCUCUCUCCGAAAACGGUACGAGCAGCUGGAGGGAGUCUCUCUGAAUUCCUAACCGCUCCUUUUCUCCGACUGUCGACGACCCGUGAUUCUUGAUUGAGGAUCAGUUCUUGGGCAAGUUAGAAAUCCUCCAAGACUUGAUGCUACUGGCCUCUGCCCCUUCUUGUGGCGAUCUUCGCCAUGGUAUUGUGAGUAUCAAGUUUCGUUUUUCAGCCCGAGAAAGUGAAGUGGGAAGUUCUGGGAGUUUUGAUUUUCGAUGGGUAAGAGAAACAAGAGAGGGUUCAACGUGGAAGAGGCAAUGGAGUUCUUGAACUACUUGACGGUGGAGAAGCCUCUGCUUCCAUUCUUGAUUGGUUUGAUAGCACUUGGCUGGGCGAUAGAGAGAUGGGUUUUCCCUUUCUCGAAUUGGGUCCCUCUUGUUGUCGCCGUUUGGGCAACGAUUCAGUAUGGAAGUUAUCAACGCCAAAUGCUCGUGGAAGACCUGAAUAAAAAAUGGAAGCGCGUCAUACUGAACACCUCGCCAACAACUCCUCUGGAGCACUGUGAAUGGCUGAACAAGCUGUUGAUGGAAAUCUGGCCCAAUUUUGUGAACCCAAAGCUCUCCAUAAGAUUCGCAUCACUAGUUGAGAAACGUCUAAGACACAGGAAGUCCAAGCUUAUAGAAAGAGUUGAACUGUUGGAGUUUUCUUUGGGUUCUAGUCCGCCCAGUUUGGGUCUUCAGGGGACUCGGUGGUCAACUACAGGUGAUCAGAAAAUCAUGCGUUUGGGAUUUGAUUGGGAUACAAGUGAUAUGAGUAUUUUGUUGCACGCUAAGCUUGCAAAGCCAAUUGGAAAUGCUCGGAUCAUCAUUAACAGUCUACAUAUCAAGGGUGAGCUACUCUUGAUGCCAGUCCUGGACGGGAAAGCUCUAUUGUACUCGUUCAUGUCUGUUCCCGAAGUGAGAAUUGGAGUUGCCUUUGGCAGUGGAGGAAGCCAAACAUUGCCUGCCACAGAGCUGCCAGGCGUAUCUUCUUGGUUGGUAAAAAUUCUUACAGAUUCCUUAGUCAAGACCAUGGUGGAACCAAGGCGUCGUUGUUUCUCUUUGCCCGCUGUUGAGUUGAGGAAAAAAGCAGUUGGUGGUAUCGUUUACGUUAAGGUUGUUUCAGCCAGUAAACUUUCUCGGAGUGCUUUGAGAGGAAGCCCAUCCAGAAGACAACAUAGUUUUACCACAAAUGGGACACUGGAAGAACACCUUGACGACAAGGAUCUACAGACAUUUGUUGAAGUCGAACUUGAGGAGUUAACCAGAAGGACCGAUGUGAAGACAGGUUCAACUCCUACAUGGGAUUCGACUUUUAAUAUGGUUCUACAUGAGGAUGCAGGCACCUUGCGCUUCCACCUUUAUGAAAGUACACCAAACAGCGUCAAGUAUGACUAUUUGGCAAGUUGUGAGAUAAAGGUAAGGUAUGUUGCCGAUGACUCAACAAUAUUCUGGGCAAUUGGGCCCGAGUCUGGCAUAAUUGCCAAGCAUGCUGAAUUUUGUGGAAAAGAAGUCGAAUUGGUGGUUCCAUUUGAGAGGGCAAGUGUGGGGGAGUUGACAGUGAGGCUUGUUUUGAAAGAGUGGCAAUUCUCUGAUGGUUCACAUAGCUUGAACAACUUCCUAGUCAACUCUCAAAAUUCACUCAAUGGAUCAUCAAAUCUGCUCUCAAAAACUGGAAGAAAACUCAAUAUCACCGUCGUUGAAGGGAAGGACUUAAUUUCAAAGGACAGAAAUGGAAAGUGUGAACCCUAUGUCAAAUUGCAGUAUGGAAAGGUCCUACAAAAGGCGAGAACUGCUCGUACCUGUAAUCCAGUUUGGAAUCAGAAGUUUGAUUUUGAUGAGAUAAGAGGCGAUGAAUGCCUAAAGAUAAAGUGUUACAGCGAAGAUAUGUUCAGUGACAAUAAUCUUGGCAGUGCACGAGUAAACCUGGAAGGACUGGCUGAAGGGUUUGUCAGGGACGUGUGGGUCCCAUUGGAGAAAGUUAAUUGUGGGGAGCUGAGGCUUCAACUCGAAGCUAUCCGAGUCUCUGACCCUGAAGGAUCCAGGGGUUCAAUAACAGGUUCCGGCAAUGGUUGGGUAGAGCUAACUCUCAUUGAAGCAAGGGAUCUUAUUGCUGCAGAUCUUAGAGGGACAAGUGAUCCAUAUGUGAGGGUACACUACGGAAAUUUGAAGAGAAGAACGAAGGUUAUGUUCAAAACUCUACAUCCUCGUUGGAACCAGACCUUGGAAUUUCCCGACAAUGGAAGUCCCCUAGAGUUGCAUGUGAAAGACCACAAUGCAGUGCUACUCUCAUCGAGCAUUGGCAAUUGUGUCGUGGAAUAUCAAAGGUUGCCUCCAAACCAGAUGUUCGACAAAUGGAUUCCCCUUCAGGGAGUGAAGAGGGGAGAGAUCCAUAUCCAGAUCACAAGAAAAGUUCCAGAUCUCCUAAAGAGAGCGAGUCUUGAUUCAGAACCAUCCCUAACUAGAUCGGUUCAGAUUUCUGGCCAGAUGAAAGAACUGAUGGUCAAGCUUCAAUCUUUGAUCGAAGAUGGCAGCCUUGAAGGGCUUGCAACAGUGGCGACUGAGAUGGAGAGCCUUCAAGAUUUGCAGGAAGAAUACAUGGUCCAGUGCGAGACAGAACAGACGCUUUUACUCAACAAGAUAAAGGAUCUCGGUCAGGAAAUAUUCAACUCGUCACCUUCCCUAAGCAGAAGAUCUUCCAGCAAUUGACCAAACCGUUCAGUAUAAAAGCCACUGCUUGCACGUAAUUUUUCGUAGGAGAAGCAAAUGUCAUUGGUGAUAGAAGUAUUGUAGACUGACCUCGUGCAAAGUUGAGUUCAAGUUCACGAAGUUUGAUUGUGCAUUAAUACCUGAUCUUGUGCAGUUUUAAAUGAAGAGGAGGCAU